UCACUGUCAUGUGACUGAUGUUUUUGCUCGUACGCUUCCGCCUUCGGUGUUUCCCCCUGUCAUGUGGAUGUCAGAAAUCUAAACCGACAAUCUCUGGAGUUUAAAUCUGCACAGAGACUUUUCCAGAAAUCUGUGCCGGGAGUGCGAACAGCAAAGACUCUUUCUGAGGGCGUUCUGUCAGGCCGAAGCAUCCCAGCAGAGCGAUGGCGGACGGGGAACGGUCGCCGCUGCUCUCCGACCAGCACGACGGGACCAACGGCUUUUCUCCUGUGGGGAGCUCCCAUGGAUAUCCGACAAAACCGCAGAGUUUGGUGCCGUUCCCCAGCUCGGUGGUACCAGGCGAGCCUCCACCCCCCUACUCGCCACAGGGCAGCCCCGACAGCAGCAGCGCACCGGUCAUCAACUGCCGGGUCUGUCAGAGCGCCAUAUCUGUGGAGGGCAAGACGCACCAGCAUGUGGUGAAGUGCAGCAUAUGCAACGAAGCCACGCCGAUAAAGAACGCCCCCGUUGGAAAGAAGUAUGUCCGCUGUCCUUGUAACUGUCUGCUGAUUUGCAAAGUCACAUCGCAGAGGAUCGCCUGUCCAAGACCAUACUGCAAACGCAUCAUCAACCUGGGACCAGUUCACAUCGGCAGGGAGAAUCCUGAACCACGACAUCAGCCCGUCGGCAUCCGGGUCAUGUGUGGUCACUGCUCCAACACGUUCCUGUGGACAGAGUUUUCAGACAGAACUUUGAUCCGAUGUCCACACUGCAGAAAGGUCUCCUCUAUUGGUCGGCGGUACCCCAGGAGGAGGAGCCUGCUGUGCUUCAUGCUGUUCGUCGUCUUCACUGCCUCAGCUGUUGGACUUAUGGUUGGUACGUGGAAGUCCGCUCAGAACUCUAAAGGGAUCUAUACCUCAUGGGUGCUGCUGAUCCUGCUCGUUGUGUUCGCCCUGGCGAGGACCAUCUACUGGAGGUGUCUGAAAAUCAGCGACCCAAUAUCCAACAUCACAUAGAGAGAGAGAGAGAGAGAGAGAGAGAGAGAGGGUGAGGAGGAGGAGGAGGAGGAGGGAAAGAGUUCACAGGGAGGUGAGAAGCAGAGGUGACUGAAAGUUGAUGAAGGGAACAAGAAUAACGACAAAGAGAUGACCAGAUGCACGAAAGAUAGUAGAAAAUUCCACAUGCAUAUCAGAAAUAUGAUUUGCUAAUUGUCAGAAAGUAGGACACUGAGGCUUUUCAGGGUCUCCAAUAUCUUCUUCACCAUCUCAAAUUGGGUAUGGUUGUUAGACAUUGUGAAAACAAAGGUUGGAGAGAAGAAGAGGCUUGUUAGAGAUGAAGAUGGACGGGCUUGACAAAAGAGAGAAGGAAGGAAAAUGUGCUUGAAUUUUUUUGUUUUAAGUUUAAAUUUUUUUCAGUUUGGAUCGAUUGAGGGUUGAAUGCAGUGAAGGUGGUGUUUUAGUUAGCCUUUAAGUUAUAUAAUCAAACCAAACAAGAGCAAAACAAUAAUUAAUCCUAAUCAAACCGGACAUGUUGGAGGGAAGAGACGAGACAUGCUUUUUUUUUGUUGUUUCUUAAAUGAAAUUCCUUUGACGUAACUCUUCAGCCUGUGUCACUUCAUCCAGCUGUGCAUUUUCUGGAUGCAAACCAAGAAGUAUGCUUUUUGCACGGAGCCAUGUGUGUGUUCUGGUUUGGGGCAUUGUUAGUCACAUGGAAAUUUCAAACACGUUUACUAAGAGGCAGAUUAUUAGGGUUAAAACUUGAUUCAACUGCUGUAAAUGUUUUAUUAAUGCAGGAAGUCUUUCCUUCAGUCCAAGGAGAGUUUAUUUAAGACGUGCUUGUUGUAAAAUAAAAUAAACAGAUGAUAACAUACGUAAUAUGCUGAGGGAAAUGUAGGUGAAAUACAAGGGGAAGUUUCUAAGUGAGUAUUAUGGCCGUGGGUUCAGAGUUAGAGGUAUGAUUUUCGCUCGUCAGCACUCGGAUCAUCUCACUCCUGUUUCGUUUCGUUUGAAAAUGAUUUGUGUCAAAGAAACGGACAAAACGACAGCUCGUCCAGGAAAUUGGCUAAAAUAUCACAACAUGUACGAAUUCAGAAGUAAACUCUUCAUAUUCCACUAAAUGCUUUUAAACUAAAACCCCUAAGUGCAAUUUUAGCAGUUUGAGUGUCUGAUAUAAACCACUCUGAAGCGCACGCAGGGAACCUUUUUUAAAUUAGCAUCCAUCUGCUUUGGAUCAAACUGAAAUGAGUUGACUCACCAGUAAAAACCUGUUGGUGUCUGUUGACGUGUAAAUACAUUCAGUGGAUGUUGAUUAUUUUGGACUGUACAGAAUUAUCAGAGCUGUUGCUUCCCUCUUGUGGCUGAUUAAUGUAAGUACCUGCUGACUGUGAAACAUGUUGCACUACAUUGUACUGAUAUACUACUGCUGUAUGUUUUUGUCGAUAUUAUUGAGGCGGCUGGAAUUGUUUUUCCUUUUUGUAUAAUGUGAAACAAAGUAAUACUUUUAACGAGG